UUAUAAUUUUAUUCAUUCUAUCGUAAUUUUAUUUAUUAAAUAUAAUAAUUUUAUAAUUUUAUUUAUUAAAUGUUGUAUUAAAUUUAAUGUAAAAUAUUUGAGUGAUUUAAAGUAUUUGAAUAAUGUAAAAUAUUUCUUGUAAAAUGGACUCGGAUCCUAAUAAUCCACUCGACUGGGAAAAUUGGACAGGUGAAUUACCGUUUUGGCAGCAUGCGUUUUGUGGUAGUAUUGCUGGUGUUAUGGAGCAUAUUUCGCUGUUCCCUUUGGACACCAUUAAGACCAGACUACAAACUAAUUCACCUAUUCACAAUUCUAUAAACAGUUCUGUUAACCCUAGAAACUCUUCUAAUUGUUAUACAAUUAGUAACGGUGUUAGAAGAUUAACGACGUAUACUGUGAAUACUAAGUUAGCUCCCACUAGAGGCCUGUAUACUAACCUGUUUAAGGGAAGUAAUGUUAUAAUAAUUGGCUGUAUUCCGGCGCAUGUAUUAUAUUUUACUGUGUAUGAGAAGAUAAAAAAUUCAGGCAAUAUUGCGAUUUCUGGCGCAACAGCUACGAUUUGCCAUGAUUUAAUUUUAACUCCAGCCGACGUUAUUAAGCAGAGAUUACAACUUAAUUUACACAGCAACACUGCGGAGUGUGUUGCUAAUCUACUCAGGAAUGAGGGAGUCACAGCGCUCUUCAGAUCACUUUCAAUCACACUUUUUAUGAAUAUCCCCUAUCACUCACUUCUCGUCACCAUUAUUCAUCUCCUAAAACAAGUUAACCAUGAAGAGAAGAUUAGCAACUAUAAACAAUUUGUUUACUCAGGACUGGGCGGUGCGAUAGCUGGAGCUUUAACGACACCUUUGGACGUCAUUAAAACGAGACUACAAACACAAACUUCACCACACCACCAACCCCUCAAAUACAAAAACGUGUUGAUGACGUUUAGGAAUAUAUAUCGUAAUGAGGGCUUGAGAGGGUUUACGAGGGGCAUGAGCACGAGGAUUGGCAUGUGUACGCCGUCCGCCGCCAUCUCUUGGGGCACAUACGAAACACUCAAAAAUCUCAUCAAACUACUCAACUAA